GGCGCAGCUUGGUCAGCUGAGUGACUGUCACGGGACCACAACCAGCUCUGCCUGGCUUCCUGGAGGAGCGGGACUGAGGAGUGAGCGUCUUGGAACGCGACAGGACAUGGAGAAGGAGUGGGAGGCUCUGCAGGCCUGGAAGGAACGCAUGGCGCAGGAGCUGGACCGCGUGGUGGCCUUCUGGACCGCGCACUCGCACGACCCGGAGCACGGGGGCUUCCUCACGUGCCUGGGCCGCGACGGGCGGGUGUAUGACGACCUCAAGUACGUGUGGCUGCAGGGGAGGCAGGUGUGGAUGUACUGUCACCUGUACCGCAAGUUCGAGCGCUUCCGCCGGCCGGAGCUUCUGGAUGCCGCGAAAGCAGGUGGCGAGUUCUUGCUGCGCUGCGCCCGGGUGGCGCCUCCCGAGCAGAAGUGCGCCUUCGCGCUGACGCGGGACGGCCGCCCCGUCAAAGUGCAGCGGACCAUUUUCAGCGAGUGCUUCUACGCCAUGGCCAUGGACGCGCUCUGGAAGGUGACGGAGGACGCACGCUACCAGAGGGAAGCGACGGAGAUGAUGGACCAGAUCGUCCGCUGGGUGCGGGAGGACCCGUCGGGGCUGGGCCGGCCCCAGCUCGCGGGGACCCCAGCCGCCGAGCCCAUGGCGGUGCCCAUGAUGCUGCUGAGCCUUGCGGCGCAACUCGGGGACAGGGACGGGGACCAGGACGAGGCGCUGGUGGGCAGAUGGGCUGAGCUGGGGGACUGGUGCGCCCGGAGGAUUCUGCUGCACGUCCAGAGAGAUGGCUGCGCUGUCCUGGAGAAUGUGUCUGAGGAUGGCCAGGAGCUCCCUGGCUGCCUGGGCCGACACCAGAACCCAGGUCAUGCGCUGGAGGCAGGCUGGUUCCUGCUUAGCUAUGCUAGCAGGAAAGGUGACCCUGAGCUUCGAGCCUACGUGAUCGAGAAGUUCCUCCUGCUGCCCUUUCGCUCUGGAUGGGACCCCGAGCACGGGGGCCUCUUUUACUUUCAGGACGCCGAUGGCUUCUGUCCCACCCAGCUUGAGUGGGACAUGAAGCUCUGGUGGCCGCACAGCGAAGCCAUGAUCGCCUUCCUCAUGGGUUACAGAGACAGCGGGGACCCUGCCCUGCUGCACCUCUUCAAGCAGGUGGCGGAGUACACCUUCCGCCAGUUUCGCGAUCCUGACCACAGCGAAUGGUUUGGCUACCUGAACCGGGAGGGGAAAGUCGCGCUCACUAUCAAGGGGGGCCCUUUCAAAGGCUGCUUCCACGUGCCGAGGUGCCUGGCCAUGUGCGAGGAGAUGCUGGGUGCCCUGCUAAGCCGCCGCACCCCGGACUCCGGCGC